GAUGAUUGAUGAGUCAAUCAGCAUUGGUUUUAUUUAGAAUUAUUUGCUCAUCGGAGUCAAACUGGUGUCACAGUGGUUUGUCAUUAACACCCAGGCCGCCCAAAGAUGGACUAGAUUCCACCGUGAAGCUCGUCCACGCUUUCUCUAAACCAAACCCGGUGCAUGGUGGACGGGAAGCACACCAUUCCUCAUUGCUUUCCUUGCUGCCAAAGCAAGAACUACAGAAUUACUUGGGCUGAGUCCAGUGGUUCUCUUUUUUUCACUGCCUGUACUCGAGGCUGCUUGCAAAAAUGUGUGACAAUUUCUCUGCACAAGCAUGGAGGAAGCAGGUAUGCCAGAAUUGCUUCGAGCCGCGGGAUGCCCACCGCAUCGUGGAAACGGAGGAGAAGAAACAGGACAAGCCCCCACCGCCUCCGAAAGUUUUCAAUAGGGCUUCCUUGAAUCGCAGGCCAGAACAUCCAGCAGAUGCCCGACGGUUGCGUGGAGCAGCGCCGAUUGAACACCACGCGGCUGAUGUAGUCGGGGCCCGGGCAGCAGAAGCAGCAGCGGCGGACGAAUUCGGGCAAGCGUAUGCCCCACCUGGAGAGGCCACAGCAGCAGCAGCGGCACCUGUGCAUGGUUUCGUUCAUGAGGAGGUCCCUGCUGCCAACGCUCCUGCUGCUAAUGAUGAUGAUGAUGAUGUUGCUGCUGCUGCUGCAGUCGAUCCUAACGGGUUGGGGGCGGCACCAGUGCAACACGGCCAUGCAGGAUUUGUAGCUGCUGGCCACCAUCACGAAGAGAAUCAUGCUGCUGAUGAUGAUGACGAUGAUGACAUUCCCAACGAGGUACACGCCUUCAUACCUGCACCUCCUCCACUUCCAGUUGUGCAUGCACCUCCUCUACUUCCAAUGGAUUUAUUCGGUCAUCAUGGUGCUGGUUAUGCCGCCGGUGUCAACCCGGUGGUCAAUGGUGAUGACGAAGCAGAAAGUAGCGAUGAUGAGGAAGGUGGGGCGGCAAUGGCUAUGGCGGCCGCUGCAGCUCCGGUUGAUGCUGCGAAUGCCGAGGGUGCAGCCGCUAGACCUGGAGUUGUCGCUCCUCUAAUGGAGUCCAUCCGCGGUGGCGUUAAGCUCCGUCAGGUGCCGCAGGAGGAGCUCGAAAAACGUCGGAAACGCACCGAAAAGCCGUCGGUGAUGAGUGAAAUGACCAAGCGCCUGCAGGGAAAGCAGAAGGCAGCGGUGGACAAGGCCAAAGCGAUUGUUGACCUGGAGCAGAGUACGAUAGAGGAGAUCGUGGUGGAGCUGAACUCUCUGCUUCAGGACCACCCCGUGCCGCUGGCUCAUCUGAAGUCGCUGUGCCAUUCGGCGAACAGGCUGCGCGACUCUGUGUCCAAAGCGAGUAAGCUAACGCAGACUGACACACUGCUGCAGCAGCGCUACAGCUGGCCGUCAUCCAUUCAUCAGACACUAGAGUCGGUUGUGAGGAUGGUGGAGCUAGUGGAGAGGGCCAUAGGGCAGGUGAAUGAAGUCGCCACGCGAACAAGAGAAGCUGGAGUGGACACCGAUCAGCUACCAGUAAUCAACGCUGGCACUGCACAGUCGGCACUGAACCAACUAACCACCAAUGUGCUACUGCUGGGCAGGGAAGGCCAACAAGAGUCGUUUCACGCAGUGCAUGCUUCGCAGGCCGACGUGUCGCUGCUACUGGAAUCAGCGUCGGCACCAUGCCUGUUCAUCCUGGACUGUCUCUUCCAGAAGGCACUGCAGGCUGCACGGUCGUUGUCCGACAUUGGCCUGUCUCGCUACGCGCUGACGUUCCGCGUGAAUCAUGCACACGACCUGCUCCAGUUGGCUUGCAAACUGAACGAUGAUCUGAUGCGCUGCCUGGCACUACCCAGGCAUGCCAUGUACUCGGAAGCACAAUUGUCGUCAACUGAGAUACAGGACAAGUAUGCCGACAUCACCACAGUGCAUAAGAAAACGGGUGACUGGGACCAGAAGGAGAAAGUCGCGCUCCGCAGCUCGACAGCGUCUGUGGCACCGCCUGUUCGCACACGCCUCUCGGCGAAGGAGGAGCUGCAGCGCAACGCGGUGGCGUGCGUCACGCAGAACCAGCACGACGGCCUCGUCGAGCUCCUGUCCGGCUGUCAGUCGCAUCAGAUCGAGGCACUGCACUCCUCUUUGAUCCACGCCGCCGUGGCUAGCGGCAGUGAGACUGUGGUGUGGGUUGUCGAGAAGCUGCAGGAACUGGACAAUGUUCAGGUGUCGGCCAGGCACUUUGAGUGGCUUCACGAAGCGUUGACCAAGUGUGGUGUGGAAGUUGUAGAGUGCCUUGUGAAAUCCUGUGGAAUGGAUAUCAAUGUGCGCAGCCAGGAUAUCGGCAAUACCUUGCUACAUGUCGCGGCCCGUCGCCAAGACUUCCCGGCCAUGGCAGCGUUGACGGAGCUGGGUGCUGACAUUCUCCUGGUGAAUACGGCAUCACACACUCCGCUGAUGAUGGUGGCCAUGAAGAGCUUUCCCCCAGUGCCAGUGGUUCGGCCUAACCAAGACAACAUUGACGAUUGCUUUGGAGGCUAUGUCAAUAAGCCUAACCUCAGUGAUGUUGUGCUGGUAUGCAAGGAUGGUGACGGUGACGGCAGUGCUAGUCAGGAGAAGUGCUACGCUCACCGCAUACUCCUGUGCGGCCGCAGUCCCGUCUUUCAGGCCAUGCUCGACACCGAGCUGUGGAUGGAGGCCAGCCAAAGAGAGAUCUCUUUGUCGGACAUCCGUUAUUCCGUCAUGCUGCUAGUGUUACAGUACAUCUACACCGGUACUCUCUUCUAUCCACAGGAUGACCUCAACCUUGGUGUGGAGCUGCUGGCGGCAGCUGAUCGGUUUCUGCUCAAGGGCAUGGCCCUGCAAGUGGAAUACCUCCUCUGCAACAAGAUUGAACCCGAUGUUGUAAUCCCACUGUACCAAGCAGCGUGUCUGUACGACGCACCGUCACUGCUGCGUCAAUGCUGUCACUUCAUCUUGUUCAACUACGUCAAGCUGACUGAUCCGGAUCACGAAACGCUGUUCCACAUCCUGAAGAACCAACGGCCUGGCACCUGACCGCAUUAAGGUGUGUGUGGUGCCGGAAUCUGGACCGGGACCAACCCGUACGUGCUGUUCUGUUAGCUUUUGAAAGAAAACUUUCCGGAGGAUUGUUGUCACGCUGGACCAUCCUACUGUACAAUACUGUCUUUGUCUUAACAGACACACUCUCAUGAGACCUUUCUACCGCACAGCACACAACACUGUCUUGACUCACGCACACAUGAGACCUUUCUACCAUACUGCAGGCAACACUACCUGUUUUGGUCUUGACUAGCUUUAGUACACUGCACCUCUCUACUGAGUAACAGUUCCUGUACUGGGCAUUUUUAUUAUUUUAUUAUUUUUUACUAUGUUCACGUACCCAACUCGUAAAUAAUAUAAAUGAAAGACAAUGGUACUGAGACAAGGACAAACAUGACAAAUACUGAGCACAUGUCCCUGUUCUUAGUGUGAGCUCUUGGCUGUGGUGUCGAGACCCUGUAGGUCGGCGGAGCCUCAGCGCCUCCCCAUCUCUGCCGAGUCCAGCAGCCCCUACUCGUUUGGCCUAGUCUCCGCCUGAGAGUUUUUAUUAGUCUUUUCCGAGUUGGGCUGCGUGAAUAGAAAUAUGCCUUGUUCAGCUUUCAUCGACGAAUGCCUGCCUGUCUUGUACUUUAAUGAGCCGCUUCAACAUACCUUUGUAUAGUGUAUUAAUACCAGUGUUAACGUUAUCUUUUCAGCUUCUCAUACGCUUUAGAGUACUAUUUUGAACAAUAUUUUGAUAUGCUGCAAGAAUUACAAGUACAGUCGACCUACCCUUAUAACGAUAACCUCUAUAACGAUAUUACCCUUAUAACGAUAUUUUUCUGCCAAACCAAAUCACUCCAUUGACUUUUGUAUACAAUGCCCUACCCUUAUAACAACAUCGCUAUAACGAUAUUACCCCUAUAACGAUAUAAAAUGGGCUGAUCAAUCAACAUUUUCCAUUUUGUAACACUAUCUAGCAGGGAAGAUGUAGAGCCCACUAUCCAGGUAGGGCAAGCUUCACUUGAUAAGUCGCUGGGACAUGACGAGGGGCACCAGUGGGCACCUUGCUGUGUACAUAAUGUGCAUGUAUGUGAGUUUUUAUGCUAUGAAGAGUGUAAAAAAUGAACAAAAUCCAUGCAUUAUGACAUAUGUGUAUGAAAUGAACCAGUUACCCCUAUAACAAUAUUACCCUUAUAACAAUAUUUCUUGGUCUGACGCAAAUAUCGUUAUAAGGGUAGGUCGACUGUAUUUGAAAAAGGUUAUCUCAUCUUGUUUUAUCUUUUUAGUACAAGUAACAUAUUCUUCCCGUCUAUCGUCUAUCGUGCUCCAUAUCGUGUCUAUUUUUAAAUGCUAUUCAUCAUCUCUCCCUUUUCCAGCUCUCGAUGCUCAGUGAUGCAUCAAGCUGUCCAUGAUCAUUGAUGGUUUUUUUUUGUCAACUUCAAGAUAUCAGUGUCUACUACACAACCGAGA